GAUACGAACGCGUGCAGUGUGGACUUUCAAAUUGGCCAAAAAUACUAGAGUGGAAUCGAGAAAAAUAUAUACAGAGUUCCCUGGUGAAACAAAAGGAAACGUUGGAAACGCUUAUAUUUUCGGUUAUAUAGCCACAGAAUUUAUGCCAUUCCGUUUGUCAAUAAAAAAAAAGAGACCAAACAAAACAAUAAACCCAGAAACGUAAACAGAACCAGAAACGAAGUGAACGGAGGAGCGAAAAGAAAGACAUCAUAUUGAAUUUAUGGUGUAGGUGCAGCGACGUGGUCCUCGAGGAUGGGAUAUCCUGGCAUGCUCCUUGUCGUCGGGGUGUGACACGGCACAGUUUGGCUGCGUCGGCGCCGAUUUGGACGUGUCCUUCGGACCUUUGAACUCUCCUCCUGCUGUCCUUUUAUUGUUGUCUUACCUCUUACCUGCCUGGCUACCCAGCUACCCUACUACAAUUACCGUUAUCGGGCCAAAGGACCAAAUUGCUUUUGCCACCCGGCCACGUUGUGAACAAUUCCGGUUCGUUUUGGUUCGGUUCGGUUCCACACGGCGUAUGCAUUACGGGCUCUCAAAGGUUUCUCAAGCGCCCUCGUAUUGCUCAUGAUAAUUGAAUUUUUGUGGCGGCUGCCUUUGUGCAAAUCUCCUAAUUGGAAAUUUGUUAUUUGAGUUCGAUGAACUGUGAACGGAAAAAAAUAAUAUCCCCAAAUUGUUGGAAAAUUGAAAAUGUCCCUUGACAAUCAGUGAAAUUACCAAUAAAGUGAUCAAAAUAAUAAGAAACAAAAAUGGAAACCAUGGAGAACUCUACAUUGCUGGGGAAAAUCAGCCUAAAUGCUUCGAGAAACGAUGAAAAUCUUACCUCCUUCUUCACCGAUGAAGAGUGGCUGGCCAUCAGCGGCACUUUGCCCUGGAUAGUGGUAUUCUUCUUCGGGGCCAUUGCCAUCACGGGAUUCUUUGGGAACCUGCUGGUCAUCCUGGUCGUGGUCUUCAACAAGAACAUGCGAUCCACCACCAACCUGAUGAUUGUGAACCUAGCUGCCGCUGAUCUGAUGUUCGUAAUCCUCUGCAUUCCCUUCACGGCCACCGAUUAUAUGGUGUACUACUGGCCAUAUGGAAGGUUUUGGUGCCGCAGUGUGCAGUAUUUGAUUGUGGUGACGGCUUUCGCCUCCAUCUAUACGCUAGUUCUAAUGUCCAUCGAUCGAUUCCUGGCCGUGGUCCAUCCCAUUCGAUCGCGCAUGAUGAGGACGGAGAACAUCACCCUGAUUGCCAUCGUGACUCUGUGGAUCGUAGUGCUGGUCAUCUCGAUGCCAGUAUUCUUCACACACGAUGUGGUGGUGGACACCGAUGCCAAGAAGAACAUCACCUACGGCAUGUGCACGUUCGCGACGAACGACUUCUUGGGUCCGAGGACCUACCAGGUCACCUUCUUCAUCAGCUCCUACCUGCUGCCCCUGAUGAUCAUCAGCGGGCUGUACAUGCGGAUGAUCAUGCGGCUGUGGCACCAGGGAACCGGUGUCCGGAUGUCCAAGGAGUCGCAGCGGGGUCGCAAGCGGGUCACCCGCCUCGUCGUCGUGGUGGUCAUCGCCUUCGCCUCGCUUUGGCUGCCCGUCCAGCUCCUCCUACUUUUCAAGUCACUGGGAGUCAUCGAGACAAACACGCUGACCAAACUCAUCAUCCAGGUCACCGCUCAGACCCUGGCCUACAGCAGCUCCUGCAUCAACCCGCUGCUCUACGCCUUCCUCUCCGAGAAUUUCCGGAAGGCCUUCUACAAGGCCAUUAACUGCUCGUCUCGAUAUCAGAACUACACAACUGAUUUGCCACCGCCGCGGAAGACGUCCUGUGCCAGGACCUCCACCACAGGACUCUAGGGAUAAUUUCCUAAAGGAAGGUGGGCACAUAUGAUUAACCCACAGGCAGACCAUUUGGAAUUGCCUUCAUCACGAGUGAAUCUCCGAGCGCAGGACGCAUGUCCUUUACAGGGAACCACAGGACCAAAGGACCGAAAGGACUGCUAGCUAUCACUGCUAUAAAGUGAUGCUCUUCGAAUGGCUAGAUUUAAAUAUAUAUAAGUAACUUGUAUAUAAAACGUAGACCUAUAACCUAGCAUUACAUGAUUGUCUAUUAAUAUUAUAUAAUAUAGGGCUAGCACUUUAUAAAGUCUUUUUCAGCACCUAUAAAAUAAUAAAAUAAAUAUAGGACUUAAGUUUAUAAAAUGCUGAUUGUAAAGGGUGAUAUAUUUAAAUCCCUUGAUAUAAUAUUAUCACUGUUUACGCACUUUUUAAAGAGUAUUAUUAUAAUAGCUGUUAUAAAGAUAAAGCUUAUCGGAACAUAAUGUGUUACAAGCUCCCUUUGGUGUAGGCCAUAUUGUUGACCAUGUUACCGCAGUUUGUUAUUUGUGUAAACCAUUAAAGAAUUAACGAACACAGGAACAACA